AUGCCCGAAGAACCACUGCGCAUCCUCAUCGUGGGAGCGGGCAUUGCCGGACCGGCACUUGCGUUCUGGCUCCAUCGUCUCGGCCACGCGUGCACCAUCCUGGAACGAUGGGACAGCCCGCGUGUCGGCGGCCAGCAGAUAGACAUUCGUAGACAGGGCAUCGAGGCCAUCAAGCGCAUGGGCAUCACCGACGACGUUCGCAAACACGUAGUCGACGAAGGCGGAUUCAGGAUCGUCGACGACGCGGGCAAGCCCAUCAUCUUUUUCCCCAGAAAAGAGGCCGGAAGCAAGCUGCAAGGCUUUACGAGCGAAUUCGAAAUCAUGCGCGGCGACCUGUCCAAGAUACUGCACGAAAAGACCAGAGGCACGGCCACGUACCGCUUUGGCCUGUCGGUAGACGAGUUCGACGACACGGGAGACGUGGUCAAGGUCAAGCUGUCCGACGGCAGCGAGGAGGAAUACGACGUGCUCGUCGGCGCCGACGGCCAAGGGUCGCGCAUCAGGCGAGCUCUGCACAGGGACCAAGGCGGCGACGACCGCUUCCUGCGACACUUGGGCCUCUUCACAUGCUACUACACGGUGCCGCGGACGCCAGAAGACGAGAACGUGGCCACUGGCUACUCGGGCAACCGGCAACGACUGGCCUUCACGAGGUGGCACAGCCCCGACGCGGGCCAAGCGUACCUCAUGACAAUGUCGCACGCCGCCGACAUCCAGGAGGCCCUCAAAGGGGACGUGCCCGCGCAGAAGAAGGCCUUUGCCGACGCCUUCAAGGACCUGGCGUGGGCCCAAGUCCCGCGCCUGCUCGACGCCAUGGACACCACGCCCGACUUUUACGCGCACGAACUCAUCCAGGUUCGUCCCAAGGCCUACUUCAAGGGCCGAGUCGUGCUCCUCGGCGACGCGGGGUUCUGCCCUUGUGCGUUGACGGGGAUGGGCACCUCGUCGGCCCUGGUGGGCGCCUACAUACUCGCCGGGGAGCUUGGCCGGAACGGGACCGACGUCAAGGCCGCGUUUGCGGCGUACGAUGCCGCCAUGAGGCCGUGGAUCGACAAGGUGCAGGCCCUGAACGUGCAGGUCGUCAAGUGCCUGUAUCCGGAAUCCAGGGCGGCGGUGCGCAUGACUCGUUUGGUUCUGGGACUGGCGUACCGGCUCAACAUACACAAGUUCCUCCAGAACCGCUUCAUGGCAAAUCAGAAGCAGGACGAGUGGGAUAUGCCCAGGUACGAAGAGCUGCACAGACCCGAGGGCGGAUCUUGA